UUACAUCGAACAAAAACAUGAAGACAUAUUCACUUAUAAUCCUAUCCUUUGCCUUUCUUUUGGGAGCUGCCUCGGCCGAGCAAUGUGGGCGGCAGGCCAAUGGAGCUCUAUGCCCCAAUAACCUCUGCUGCAGCCAGUUUGGGUUCUGCGGUGACACUGACGACUAUUGUAAAAAUGGUUGUCAGAGCCAGUGUCGUGGCUCUAGUACCCCUACGCCCUCCGGCGGCAGUGGUGUGGGAAGUAUCAUAAGCGAAAGCCUUUACAAUCAAAUGCUCAAAUAUAGUAGGGAUCCUCGAUGUCCUAGUAACGGAUUCUAUACCUAUAAUGCUUUUAUUACUGCUGCGCGAUCCUUCCCAACCUUUGGUACCACAGGAGAUGCAACUACUCGUAAGAGGGAGAUUGCAGCUUUUUUCGGUCAAACUUCUCACGAAACUACAGGAUGGUCCACUGCACCAGAUGGCCCAUAUGCAUGGGGAUAUUGUUUCAUACGAGAGAGAAAUCAACAAACAUAUUGCACACCUAGUCAACAAUGGCCGUGUGCCCCUGGUCAACAAUAUUACGGUCGUGGACCAAUCCAACUAACCCACAACUACAACUAUGGACCAGCAGGGAAAGCAAUAGGAGCGCCGUUGCUAACCAACCCCGAUACAGUGGCCACAGAUCCAGUUACAUCCUUCAAGACAGCCCUAUGGUUUUGGAUGACAGCGCAAGGAAAUAAACCUUCUUGUCAUAAUGUUAUUACCGGCAAUUGGCAACCUUCGAGCGCUGACAAUGCUGCAGGAAGAGUCCCUGGUUAUGGUGUCAUCACCAACAUCAUUAACGGUGGACUCGAGUGUGGACAUGGCCCAGAUGAUAGAGUUAAAGACAGAAUUGGAUUUUACAAACGAUACUGCGACAUGCUGGGUAUUGGUUAUGGCAACAAUUUAGAUUGCUACAAUCAAAGGUCUUUCUAAAUAUUUACUGAUCUUACAACAUAUAUGGAAUAAAAUGAAAAGCGUCUUCUCCCUCAUGAGAUGCAGUAAGACUAUGACUUGGUGGGAUGUGUAAUGUCAAAACUUAAUGUCACAAUAAAGAUUAGAGAGGGAAAUUCACUUUAGUUUCCCCAUAAACAAUAAUAAUCAAUGCAAAAUGAUUUUGUGCCC